AUGAUGAACUUUUUCACGCAGAGAAAAAACGGCGGCGGUGGCGAAUUGUCACGCUCCGUUUCCUCGUCUAGCAAGUCGGGUUCACGUUCUCCGGAUAGUGUGGAGCGCAAUAGGCCGCCUAGAAAUGAUUCCGCUAAAGUGGAGGAGAGUGAGGAUGCUCAGGGUGAUAACGAUGCGAAAGCACAUGGCCCUACAACUCGUAAUCGUUGGAAGGUUUAUGUAAAUCAAUGUGAAGAAAAGAAGAAAAGGGUAAGUGUUCUCACAUUACAAUCCUGCUUUUUUAUAAAAUGA